AUGGUGGACAGGGUCAGUGCAUUGCCCGAUGACAUUCUUGUUAGUUUAGUGUCCCGCUUGCCGCCAAAGGAAGCAGUAGCUACCAGUGUCCUUUCUAGGCGAUGGCAGAAUGUGGGACUGUCUACCAUGACCCUUAGGUUUGAUGCUGUUGACUUCUCAAUUGACAGUAAUAAACGCCUCUACUCUUGUGAACCAGAUGAAUUUAUAGAGCAGGAGAGCUGGAAAUAUAUCAAUUGGGUGAAUCAUGUGGUGCAACAUCAUAGAGGGAAACAUAUAGAAGAAUUCAGGAUUAGCUUCUGCUUAGAUAGUCGCUUUUCAAGUUCCAUUAAUGAAUGGAUUCAAUUUGCAAUGGAAAAGAGUGUUGAAAGGCUUGAAUUGGAUUUUUAUCCAGAAGUUUUUGAUAAACAUAAAGAUUAUACAAUUCCCCACAGACUUUUGGGGCUCUGCAUUCCAAGUCUGGGCUCUUGUAUCGGUUUCAAGUCCCUCAAAGUACUUCGGCUCCGACAUGUUGGUGUGACUGGAGAAGUUCUCGAGUAUUUCCUGUCCAACUGUCCAUUACUCGAGAGAUUAUCAGUGACUUCCGCAAAAGAUUUGUUUAAUUUAAGAGUUGUUGGUUCGUCGAUUGCGUUGAAGUAUUUGGUGAUACUAAAUUGUUCUAACCUGGAAACCAUUGAAAUCAGAGACGUAAACAUCGUUUCAUUUAUUUACUGUGGAUUUAGGUCGACAAACCUGCUUAUCAGUAAUGUACCAUUGCUUUCUAGGGUAACCGUUUCUAAGGAGUGUUGGCAAAAGGAUUUUAUAAGUGUUGUCUUUGCCCAACUUUCCUGCUGUCUUUCUAACUUAGAGAUUCUGAAGCUGCAUAUCCAGGGAGCGGCCUACAAUGAGAAUCCUGCAUUGCCUCUAUUAGCAAAGCUGAAGCAUUUGGAAUUACUAGUUGCAGCAAAUUAUUAUAAGGCACUUCAUCAUAUAAAUAGCUUCCUGAAGGCAUCUCCUUACUUGCAGAGACUAGUAUUACAGUUGCAGCUGUAUCGGGAGAGUCCAGCAUGCAUGGAAAUUGGAGAAAUUGAGAAAGCAGCUGAUUGCCCCCAUAAUCACCUCAAGGUAGUAGAAAUAGUUGGCUAUCGAGCUCAUACAUCUGGAGUUGAACUUGUCAUGCACUUAAUAAAGAAUGCUCUUGCACUGAAGAAAAUUGUGAUUGAUCCUGCACGGACAUGGAGAUACCCUCAUGGAGUUUAUAGGCCACAUACAGUACUCGAUAAAGAAGUCGAGGCAAGAGAUCAUGCUAAGCAAUACCUUGAACCAAAAAUCCCUUCAACUGUAGAAUUUGUGUGCCUGUAG